ACCGUCAUCCGUGUCGCCCGUAAUCGCGUAGAGUAUUUAAACGUAUCGGCUGCUGAUAUUGUAAUCUUUAGCGGCCCGUCAGUGUUCGACGCUGCUAUAUUAAUCGUCACUAACGUAAGUCCGGUUUUUCGUCAACGUUCGAAUAUUGUACCGAAUCGUUCGCGAAAAUACCAAAGAAACAACAAUAUAACAUGGCACCGAACGUAGACGUGACGGCGGCGCCGGAAAGCCAGAAAGUUUACAACGAUGACGAGGUCGUCAUCUCCGGUAUUUCCGGUCGCUUGCCCAACUGCGAUUCUAUAGAAGAUUUCAAGGAAAAACUGUUCAACGGCACGGACAUUGUAGAUGAAGGAGAGAGCAGAUGGCCAGACGGUAAAUAUUUGUUUGAUAUUCUGUACAAUUUUUUGUUGUAAAACUACAUUACAUAGGUGCGGGUAAAAUAUAAUUCCGUAAUAGGGACCUCCUGCGGCGUUAUCGAACGUUUUUGUUUCCAGUUUAAGAUUGUGAGCGUAAAAUUCCUCGCUAAAAAAAAAAAAACAACCACACAUCGUAGUAAAAAUAAUAUUAUUAUUGUGAUAAACAUUAUCGGUGAACAAUUUUUCGACUAUAAAUCUCGUUCCGUCGAACGGAUCUUUGCAAAUGUCAAGUCUCAAAAAUGAGGUUAUUUUUAUCGCAAUUCAGUGAAAAAUCGUCAGCAAUGAACUUAGAGUCAUCGAAUACGUCUUAUAUUAUAGUACUUUAUACAUUAUACAGAGUGAUUUUUUUUUUUAUCAUGAACAAGAAAUUAUCUCGGUGGAUUUUAAGUGAAUUUAAUUUCUUUGUGUGAUUUCUAUUGGAAGGUAUAAGUCGAUAUACGCCGUAUACCUUCUGAUUAUGGUCGGAUACUCUCUGUGAUAGUGAAAUCACAGCAUUUAUUUUAAAAACGUAUUAUUAUUAUUAUUAUUAUUUUCGUUUUUGGUUGGUUAAGAAAACAUAAAUUAUUUAAUAUUUAAACCUUUUACUAAAACAUUAGGCUAGACAAUGCACUUGAGAACAUUGCAUUUAUACCUAAUAAUGACAUGGUUAUAACUUAUAUAGUGUACUCUCUAUUUCUUUUACGACUACAGAACUGGGGAAAAGUUAUCAAUUUAUAAUUUGAACAUAGAUAUGCAAUUUAUGACCCACCCCUACUCGUUCGAUCCAAUAACUAUAAACGGUUAUAACUUACAAACGGUAAAUCUGAUAAUAGUGUUUUGCGUAUUAAAAUGUCCAGAAAAAUUUCCUCUAUUCGAAUCUGUGUUCAAAAAAAGGCGUUCCUAUUUGAAAAACAAUAGUUUAUACUUAGAUAUUUACAAUAUUAUAUAAAGUAGAAAGUGAAAAAAUUAAAAAUUGUUUUAAAAUAAAGCUUAAAUGAUUACACAAUGAUUAAAAAAAAAACCUAAACAAUUUUCCGAGAUAAUUGCUGGUUUAAGAUAGAAAAAAAAAAAUCAUCAUUUGAUGUUUUCGAGUUUUUAUUCGGAAGAUAUUACACGGAUAAAAUUUCUCGAAAAUGCUUACGAAUUUCAACACAACGUUCAUUACAAGUUUUAAUUAGUGAUGGAAAAAAAUAUUUAACAUAAUGUAGUAGAUUUUUUUUUAAUGCGUUGCGUUUUAAGAUUUUAUAUGCAUCAAAUUUUGAGGAAAACCGUAAAAAUUACUGCAGCAUUUCAAAACAUGUUUAACCGAACUUCGCUCAGAAUUGUUUUUCGUUAGCAAUUGUUAAUCGACGACUGCAGAUAGAAAUUAAAUAACUUUGUAUAUCCUACCAUCCCAACUUUCCACCAACAACAGUAAUUGCACAUCCGUCCACGAAAACUUUUCUUUUUAAUAUAGAUAUAAAAAUGUAAUUUAUUUUUACCUACGCUUUAAAAUUUAAAUUUUUAUCAAAAUUUGUUGAAAACACGAACAAUCAAUUGCAAUAUUUUUUUUUUUUUUUUUUGAAAUUUAUCAACACUUUUUUAAUUCCAUUCAGAUUUAAUGAUUAUUUUUUGUCAUUUUACGUGUAAUGUGUAAUUUCUCGACCACUUAUAAAAUAAUUAUUUCAAUAUUGUGUAAAAACCAAUGAACGUCGCGUUUCAGGUAUCAGCGGUGCCGUGACCAAGAUCGGAGUGAUGAAAAAUUUGACCAAAUUCGAUUCGAUAUUUUUCAAUUUAAACCCGAAAAUAUCCGAGAGGUUAGACCCGCAAAUCCGUUUGAUGUUAGAAUGUACUUACGAAGCCUUCGUCGACGCCGGUGAGAUUUUCUGUUGUUAUUAUUAUUAUUACUGUCGUCGAAAUCAAUCGAAUUUUACCCGAUGUUUUCGUAACGCGCGCAUUACACAAAUUAUCAUUAACAUAAUAUUAUCAUUGCAAUAAUUACAGGACAGAGCCCGACGGCACUCAGAGGAUCGAAUACCGCGGUGGUGGUGGCUACCACGAAUAACGAUUACGCCGAUUGGUGGUCGGCCGACCCGACCAGAGUAAACGGUUACGAGUUUUUGGGUUGUACGAGAACCAUGUUCCCGAAUCGUGUUUCGUUCUCGUUCGAUCUGAGAGGUGACGAUCUAUGUUACAGUUUCAAACAACGCUCGUAUAUCGCCGAUUAUAUUUCAACAGCACAUAUCUCCAAAUUUAAUAAAAUUAAACACCUAUAUUUAGUAAUAAAUAUUAAUAAAAUAAUUGUCGCCGAACAUUUUUCGGUUCUACAAUUUGUUUUGUCAGACUAAAAGACCACUUUGAUCAUCCAAAAAACUUCUAUCGACAUAACGUGUUAUCUCAGAUUUCAACACAAUUAAUUUGAUAAUACAGUUUGGACACGGGUUGUUUUCCUAAAAUGUAGAAACAAUUAAGUGUUUACGAAAAUGGUUUUCGAACGUUCUGUAGAACUAGAAAUACAGACUGUUGCAGUAUUAGCGACGAUAUUUUAGGUCACAUAUGUAUAUUUAUUUAUAUCGUUUAGUGAAAUGGGUUUUUUUUGUUUUUCAUAAAAUGGACGUUUUGCACUACAUACACGAAAAAGCAUAAUAAUUCCACGCAAAUAAUAUUAUAUUUAAAUUGAUACAAAAAUCACUACAAAACAGUGACGGCGCAAACAAUUUUAAUUCGUGAGACAUUAUAAUUUUUUUCCGCUUUCCCACCCCUUAAAUAGAUUAUUAGUUCGUCCAUCCAAAAUUCAUCUAAAAUCUGGUGACAACUGGAAAAAUUACAACUAGCCAGUUCAAAAGAUGCCAACCAUCCACCAACCCACCAAAUUUUUGUCUGGGUCGGUUGUCUCAAUAAAUCUCGGUCGUACCGCCACUGCUACAAUAUAAUCGAAAAAUGUCUAAAAAUAAGUAUGACAAUUUGUUCAUAUCAAUUUCAAAGUAAUUACUAAUAGUGUUGUAAAUCUGUUAUACUUUUACUACUUUCAGUACUUAGUUUCAUACCUGUAUGACAAGCUAUGAACAGGGUUAUAAGUUCGUGCAUUUAAAUGUUUAUUUUUGAUAGAGAGAUAGUGUUUGAAUUUAAAAAAAUAGAAGAAGAGAGACUAUAAGAAUUUAAAAAUGAAACAGAUUUCCUUGCAAUUGUUCAAACUAAAUUACUUAUGUAUUAUUCUUAAUAAUGGGGAAAACUCGACAAAUGUAUUAUUCGCGGUAUUAUUUUACACGUUUUUCAUAUUUUACGGCCGAUACUGUUUAUUGUGAUCAGUGCCUAUAUACUUGUAUACACCGCGACCGCGGUAACCACAAUUACUAAUAAUGUUAUUACGUCGCGCGGUUCUUAGGGCCCAGCUACGCCAUAGAUUCUGGAUCUUCGGGCGGUCUGCUCGCCUUCGAACACGGUUACAGAUUGCUGAAAACCGGAACGGUGGACGGUGUCAUUGUGGCCGGAACUUCGUUACUGCUCAACCCUGUGUUGUCGGUCAUGAUGCAAAAGAUGAACUUGAUCUCGCCCGAGGGCAAGAGCAAACCGUUCGAUGCCUCCGGUACUUAUAUUAUAUACUAGAAUUUUAUCGCGUAAAAUUGAUGGGGUUUUUUUUUUUUUUAAUUUUUGUAUUUUUACGUGUUUCCAGGCACUGGAACCGUACGUACCGACGCCGUUGUCAUCAUAUACAUGCAGCGUGCCAAAGACGCGAAACGAGUGUAUGCCACCGCCGUGAACGCGUGCACCAAUAACGAGGGUUUCCGGUCUGAAGGAGCUAUUUAUCCCACCAACAAUCAACAAAUCGAACUGUUCAAAGAAGUCUUGGAAAACGCCAAACUCCAACCAGCCGAUGUCGAUUACAUCGAAAGUAGUGCCGGCGGAAUCCAGGUACUUCCAUAUGUAUAAUUAUUUAGAAUAUAAUAGGUCUCAUUGUUGAUUAUUGCGAAAAAACCUAAAUAUUCUCAAACGAACUUAUGUAUUUUUUUUAAAUAUCAUCCGAAAACGCCGCGUCUAACUAAUUCGUAAAAGUCCCAACUCCACGAGCGCGCUUUUUUUUUGUUCGUAUUUUCGUAAUGUAUUUUUUUUUUCGAAUAUAAUAAAAUAUUGCGCGUCAUUUAGAAGCACGUGGACUCAAAAAUAAUAAUUUAUCCUUCCGUGAAAGUAUUGAUAAGCAUACGGCGAAAAUUUCCCAUAUAUUAAUGUCGAUUUUCGUCUCUCGUGAAAAGUAGUCAAUAGGUACGGCGAUAGAACGUGAUUGCGAAUAAGUUGACGCGUUUUCUAUAGUAUGUAACGCUACUGAGUAAUGAUAAAUAUUAAAAUUACGCGUUUAGUUGAACGACGCUCAAGAACUCAACGCCAUAUCCGAAGUUUACUGUAAAAACCGCACGAAACCGCUGUUGAUCGGAUCCGUGAAAUCAAACAUCGGCGACAGCGAACCGGUGUCCGGACUCUGCGGCGUGUUUAAGACAGUGCUGGCCAUGGAAAAACAACAAAUUCCCGCGACACUCCACUACAAAACCCCGAAUCCCCGAGUGCCGGCUCUGAAAGACGGUCGGCUUCAAGUGGUAAGCAAACCGUUACCGUGGACAGGUCAAUACGCCGCGGUUAAUGCCGUAGGAAUCGGCGGACUUAACGCACAAGCCCUACUGAAAUCUAACAAAAUAGAAAAAAAACCGCAACCGCAGGACCCCAUCCCUCGAUUGAUAGUCGGGUCCGGCAGAACCGAAAGUGCGAUAAACUACCUGUUGAACAGAGUAAGAGAGUUUAUCUUUUUUUUGUUUAUUUUUUUUAUUUUCAGCUCGUAUUUGUUAGAAAAUAAUAUUAUAAUUUCGCCAAACAGGUAGAAACCGGGCCCAAAGAUCCGGAAUGGUACGGUCUGUUGUACGGAGUUCAUAGUAAAAAUAUCGCGGGACACAAUUUCAGAGGAUACACCAUUUUGGGAGAGAAGAACGGUCGCGAAACAGCGGUGAGUAUCCAAUUGUUAAUAUAAUAAAAUCUAUUAAUACCCGACGAUUGAAAAUUAAAAUAAAUAUAUAUAUAUAUAUAUAUCGAUUCCGUUCUGUAGAUCCUCGAAGCGGGUAAACGUCAAGUUUGGUACGUGUUUUCCGGUAUGGGAAGUCAAUGGACCGGUAUGGGUCGCGAUCUGUUGGCGUUGCCACAGUUCAAAGCAUCGAUCGAAGAAUCAGCUAACACGUUGAAAACCCUCGGACUGGACCUGUACGCUAUUUUCAAUUCCAACGAUAAAACCGUUUUCGACAACGUGCUCAACUCUUUCGUCGGAAUAGCGGCCGUUCAGGUUUGCGUUAUAUUAUACACAUUAUAUUCGGGGAUGGUUAAAAUACUUUAAAAUGAGUAUCUAAAUAAAUUGAUCUUUAGUAUCUCUUAGAUACAUGAUAAUUCUAAUAAUUGCGUGAAAAUUAUUGCAAUACAAGAUAAUAGUUGCUUAAGUUGUACGAAUUUAAGUUACUCGGUACACGAAAACCAAAAUAUCAAUUACAUGUUUAACACGUAUGCAGUAGGUAUCUUAAUAGAUACUACGGUUAUAUUUCGUUUGAAAUAUUUUUUUCGAAAUUCUCAACAAUCACUUUCAGUUUCUAAUUUUUCGAAAAUCCGAUGCGGAAAAUACCUCUCCUUCGUGCAUCUGUACAAGGGAGAUACUCUAUAGAUACUCGAUACCGACCAUAUUAUUUUCGGUAUCGCAAUACAAUAUACUGGAUGAUACAAGAUAUACAAUCGUAUCUAACGUAAUCGAGAUACUGCUGAAAAUACCGUCCCCAAUACUGGUUAUAUUAUUUAGAUGUAUUAUAACCGAUCACAAUAUAUUGUAUACAUUUUUUCGUUUACAGAUUGCUCUGGUCGACGUGCUCACCGCCGUCGGUAUCACCCCCGAUGGGAUCGUCGGACAUUCGGUCGGAGAAUUGGCUUGCGCAUAUGCAGACGGAACUUUGACGGCCGAACAAACGAUUAUCGUGGCGUACUGGAGAGGUCGCAGUUUGUUAGAUUUGAAUUUGCCGCCCGGUGCUAUGGCCGCAGUCGGUACGUAAUAUUUUACAUUUUAUAUUCCGAGUAUAGCGAAGAAGCCGUUAGUUUCGCAAAGAUGUGGUUUUUUUUUCUCGGAAAACGUUUUUCGAAAAAACGCUCUAAUUUCUUCCUGUCACACUACCUAAAAAUACUUUUUUAACCCGACAGUAUUUUAAAAAAAACUAUUUUUUAAUAUUCACAAUCGCUUUUCCAAAAAAAGUUGUUUUUUGGUAACGAGGUGAAAACCACGUAUAAUACUACUCUGCUCAUAAUCUUUUUAUCGUUAUCAAUGAUUUAUCGUUGUAUACAGUGUGUAAACUCAUCAAUAACCCUGUAUAUCCUACCUUCCCAACUACCUAUGUAAAACAAAGGCCUACCGGCUACUCAUGAGCAAUAUCAACUUUUUUAUAUAACAAUAGCUGAUAUUUGUGUAAAUACAAUUGAAUUUUAAUAUAACACCAUGUUAUUUGUUGAAUACUAGGACUGUCGUGGGAAGAAGCUUACGCACGAGUACCGUCUGACAUCGCCGUGGCUUGUCACAACAGCGAAGACGGCGUUACGAUUUCUGGUCCACCCGAUUCGAUCGCGAAAUUCGUCGAAAAACUCAAGUCCGAAGGCGUGUUCGCCAGAGAAGUCAACAGUUCUGGAGUGGCUUUCCAUUCUUGGUACAUUGCCGCUGCCGGACCCAUAUUUAAAGAAAAAGUCACCGGAGUACGAUUUUUAUUUUAAUUACUACAUAACAUUAUUUAAUAAUUUCGUAUUAUCUCCGUACGUAGAUCAUCGGAAGUCCGAAAGCGAGAUCACCGAGGUGGAUAAGUACGUCGGUGCCGGAGUCCAGGUGGAACGAACCGUUGGCGCAAUUUUCGUCCGUAGCUUACCACGUAAACAAUUUAGUGUCUCCGGUGUUGUUCAACGUGAGUUGUUAUUUGGAAAUCGAUAAUUAUGAUACACCGUCGGUAAUUUCUUGGGUAUUUUUUUUUUUUAGAGCGCGUUGAAACACGUACCCGACAAUUCGGUGGUCAUCGAAAUCGCACCGCACGCCCUCUUGCAAGCCAUACUGAAACCCAGCGUCGGUCCCAAAUGUACGCACGUGGGUUUAGUGCGGAGAAACCAAUCGACCGUUUCAAACUUGUUGUCUAGUAUCGGUAAACUCUACAACGCCGGGCUACAACCAAAAUUAGAAAACCUGUAUCCGCCGAUUAGCUAUCCGGUAUCCCGGGGCACGCCGUCCCUCCAACCGUUAGUCGAAUGGGACCAUACCGACGACUGGGAAGUGAUCACUUACUACGACCACGAAGUUUCGUCGUCCGGCGACGUCAAAUUAAACAUCGAUUUGCAAAGUUACUUGAAGGGAUCUUAUAUCGACGGCGUAGAAGUCCUUCCGUACGCCGCGUACCUUGUGCGUGAUAACGCGUAGAUUUUUUUUUCGUUUUCAUAAAAAUACGCGUAUAAUAAUAGGUAUCUGGUAUAAAUAUGCUAAUAAUAACAAUGCGUUUUGCAGACAUUCGUAUGGAAAGCUUUGGCCAAAUUACAAUGUACCACCGUCGAGAACGUACCCGUCGUUUUCGACAACGUUCGGUUCUUCAAACAAUUACCCAUUCCGGCGAACGGUAAGAAAACGGCUAAAUCGAAUGUAAAAAAAAAAAAAUCCGAAUUUAAUUUUUACACGAUAUUCGUUUCUAAUGACGUACAGGAAAAUUCACUCUCAACGUAAACAUAUUGGCGGGCUCCGGAGAAUUCGACGUCCGGGAAAGCGGUUCCGUCGUGGUAUCAGGUUUCGUCAAAAUCCAAACGUCCGACGAACAAACGCAAUUGCCGGAGAUCAAAUCGUACGAAAUUAAUCAGCUAUCGACCGCCGACAUUUAUCAAGAUCUCGCGUGCAAAGGUUACAAGUACAGCAAAGCCUUCCAGGGAAUUAACGUGGCCAGCAACGACGGUAUAGUAUUUCAUUCAGAUAAAAUAUACUUGGUGCCGUGGAAGAAGUACUUAAAUCAUUUUUAACUUAAAUUAUUAUCAAAAUUUCAUAAGUGCAUUUAUCUUCAAAAUUAGAGCGUAUAGUGUAAACUAAUAUACACUGAGUUUUAGUAAUUUAUGUAUAAGUGUAAUAUUUCCAAAUACAUGUAAUUUCCUUGUAUUAUACGAACUACAUACUAACUGCUGCAUACAAUUGACAUGAGCCCAUUUUCGCCGGAACCAAAGUUAUAUUUGCCACGUGGACUUUAAUAUUAAUUUAGUAAGUUAUUAUUAUAUUAUGCUUCUUUUACAUUAUAGGAAAUAGCGGAUAUAUCGCUUUCGACGGAAAUUGGGCACCGUUCAUCGAAUCUUUGUUACAAUUGCACCUGUUGAAACUCGAUACGAGAGAUCAUUACGCUAUCAAUUACUUGUUCAAAUUGAGCAUUAACCCGGAAAAGCAAUACAAGUCUGUGUCUUCAAACGGUAAUUACCUACCAAUUUUUAAACGGUUUUUUUUAACUUAUACAAUUAUUCUUUAUUCAUAUUAUUUUCUGAUUUUGUUAUUUUUUCUCGAUUAAAACGGGUCGUGAUAAAAUCUAAAACUAUAAUAGUACUUACGGUUUUUCACAACGUAUUUACAUAAUUUUACAUUAGCUAUAGUGCUCUGUGGAGUGGCUGCCCUACGCGGCUUUACCCUUGCACACUAUUGAACGAAAAAGAAAUAAAAACGUAAGAGAGAAUGGGGUAAGUCCGGUCAGUGGGUAAUGCCAGUCAGUCUACUAUCUCGGUACUGGCAAGAUUAUAAAAUCCGGUUAAAAGUGCAAUCAAUAGGUAUAAUAUGAUUGCCAUAACCUAAUUUUAUGUUUGCCGCGCUUCUUAAAGUUAAAAUAUUUUAUCACCAAAAUUCAUCUUAUCAUUUUUUUGUCGUCCACACUAUACAGUUUUCAUUUUUCAUUUUCUCAAGGUAAAAAAUAAUUGUUUUAAUUUUGACUCUUCUGUAGUAUUAAAAUGUGUAGAAUUUUGUGUGUUUUCCAAAUAUGUUAACAGAAUUUGAAUAUUAUAUCAGAAUAGGUAAUCGUAUACAAUUUUUAAACUUCGUAUACAAUUGGUUAACACCGGUCAAAAUCUACGAGGUAAUAGCGGUCGUAAUACAUACUAAGUGUUUCCUCGUUUCAACUCGCGUCCCGAUUACAGUUAAAACCACUGUCGUAGUAAUUUAUUCGUUCAAAAGGAUACGGUUCCAUCCGUGUCGCCAAUGUAACCCGUGUAAUUUAAUUGAAACAAAUUGUUCGCGAAAUAACAAAACAAAAACCCACGUAAUCAAACCCUUUAGAGGUUGAAAUUCGGAAAUCCGACUUCGAGGUGCAUAUACUGAUCCGUUCGUCCAUUUCUGCAUGUGCAGUUACAGACCUUUGUAUGCGAUAGAUUUACAGGCUGUACAUCGCGCACAGGCAAACAAAUAAAUUCUUUUAUUAGUAUCGAUCAGUGGUUUUCAAACUGAGUGCCGGGAUCUUUUUAAGUUUGUCUUCCUUACAAUAACGACGGACCACCGGUUACAGGAAUCCGCUCGUUAAGUACAUGAAGUUGUAAAUCUUUCGACCAUGGCUCAUCAAGUUUGUUAUUAUCUCUAAUUUUGUACAAAAAGUUAAAAGACGAAAGAAAAAAAAAAAGGUCACAGUGUACCGUGAAAAUAUUGUGAAAAGCUAAGUGUGCCGUGAUCGAAAAAAGUUUGAAAACCACUUAUAUAUAGAUUGUUAUUCAUGUUCCAACAGCCGCGGCGUUCAGCGUUUACGAAAAUAUCGGCGUCAUUAAAUCGGCAGGAGUCGAGAUCAGAGACGUGAGGUCGACGUCAGUGCCGGUCCGGAAAGAAUUACAACAGAAUUUCGAUUUGGAAUCCUAUAUAUUCGUACCGUUCGUGUCGGACCAAGUGCGUAAAUAUAAUUCGGUCGUCUCGGCACUGAUGCGCUCCAAUCGUUCGCAAAAACUGAUUUAUUAUUAUUAUUAUUUUGUUAUCAGGCCGUCAGCGAACCCCUCAACUAUAUCGUUCAAGUCGUGUUAGAAAACGCGUGUGGACCUUUUGAUGUGACGGAAGUAGUGACCGCACAGCGAGAACUUUUGGUUUCACAGAUUUUAACUUUGGCCUCUGCCAAAUAUCCGUUCCCGGUAAGAUCGGUUGUAAUUGAUACGUUUAAUAUUAGUUUACAAAAGCUAAGGUAUUUACAUUUCUCUCCUCUUUUUUAGAUCAACGCUAACGUCUACGCCAAAGAUGUAAACCGUUACGAAUCCGAACAGUCAACGGCCGAUUUUUACGAACAAGAUUUAACAUCCAACAAAUUGGAACGGCAAUCGUUUUUCGUCGUGGCAACCAGUGUAGUUGAAAACGCAGAUUUGUUGAAAAACGUAUUGUCCGGCGUACAGACCGGCGGUUUCUUGUUGACCGUCGAAAGUAAAUUCGACUCGAAAUUCAGACAAGUCGGACUAGACGUGGUCGCCAAGUAUUCUGACGGCCAAAACUUUUACGUUUUGUUGAAAAAGGUAUACAACCUAAAUAAAUAGCGCGCAAUUAAAACGAUAGUAACAUAUUAAUAAUUGUACUUAAUGCAUACGGACGAUUUUUUAGACCGCCGAAGCGCCCUCUCCGGUCAUAGUGCCUGUCGCAUCGUCGUUGUCCUGGGUGGAAUCUUUAAAAUCGAACAUCCGAACGGCGAGCAGCAGUAACCGAGACAUCGUUUUGAUUAGUCAGAAUUUAGAAAGCACCGGGGUUAUCGGAUUAACGAAAAGUCUGAGACAAGAACUGAAUGGCGAGUUCGUCAAGUGCGUUUGAAAACUUGGACGUCAGUUAAAAUAAUAAAUACAGUAAAUUAUCAUGAUACCUUUGCACGCUUUAGGUGUGUGUCGAUCAAGGAUAACAAAGCGCCGGCGUUCUCUGCAUCGACUCCAGUCUAUCGGGAACAACUCAAGAAAGGAUUGUCCGUAAAUGUGUAUAAAGACGGCGUUUGGGGCACGUGCUUGUUCGUCCCGUACGAAAACGCCCAAGUUCAGGCGGAACACGCUUUCAUUAACACUACGAAAGUCGGUGACGUCAACAGUUUGCAGUUUAUCGAAGGAAAAUUAUCGAUUUACAAGUAAGUAUUGCGGAGACUAUGGAACGUAUGUGUCUCAUUUUUUUUAAAAAAAGAACCAAUGAUUUCUUGUUUCUUAUUAGCCCGAAAGAAUAUCCGGACUACGAAUUGUGUUACCCGUACUACGUGCCGCUCACCGGUUUGGAUACGAAAAUCGCAAAGGGCAUUUUGCCGAACAAGGAAACCAACGGAGACUUGGUUCAACAAGUAAGCCGAUAAAAUGUACUAUUGUAUAUAAAUCUAAUUUAAAAUAACGCACAAUUCCAGGGCACUUGUCUUGGUUUGGAGUUUUCGGGACGCGAUUCUCACGGUAAAAGAAUCAUCGGUUUGGUGCCGGGCGGAGCUCUGGCCACGUCUGUGCUGGUCAACAAAGAUCUCGUUUGGCAAAUACCCGACAAGUGGACACUGGAACAAGCUUGCACUGUACCGAGAACUUACAGUUUGGUAAGUUUUAUACGAUACGAUUUUGUGUGUGUGUGUGAGUUUCGAGAAACGCGAAAUAUAUUUUACUAUCGAGUUUUGUGGUUUUGUAUCGAUUUAGGCCUAUUAUGCGCUCGUCGUGAGAGGAAACGUCCAACCAGGCGAAUCCGUGUACGUACACGCCGGCGCAAGUGGAAUCAGUACAGCCGCUAUUGGCGUCGCUCUGGAAUUAGGAGCGAUUCCGUACGUAGGAAUAUUCAACAAAACCCAGAAAGAUUUCUUGAAAUCGCAAUACCCGCAAGUAUGUACCACCUAUCUACAUCCCUAGCGGUUCGACGUUUGUAAUACUGAUUAUCGUAUAUUAUUGCAGCUAAACGACGACAGUUUCGCUAAUCUGGCCGACAACGGCGGUUUCGAACAACAUCUUUUGGAACAGACCGAAGGUCGUGGAGUGGAUUUAAUAUUCGACACUUAUUCAGCGUACGGCAAACGCCAAGAAUUCGUCAACUCUCUUGCCGAGUACGGUAGGAUGGUCGACUUCGAAGUGUACGCGCCCACAUCCGAUUCGUUGGGCGUAUCCGGAAACCUUAAGAGCAUAACGUUCAAUAAGAUUUCAUUCAAAACUAUCAACUUUUUGCCGUCCGAAAUCAAAUACAUUCAACGGUUGGUCGGUCAAGGCAUCAAAAACGGUAACGUGAAACCGUUAGCCACUACAGUUUUCCCGGCCAGUCAGGUGGUCGAAGCGUUCAAGUCCAACGACAACUGCAGUAAUAACAUGGGCAGAAUUGUCGUUGAAAUCAGACCAGAAGAAGAAGGAAAGAAAAACACUUUGCCCGCCAAGAAAACCGUGGCCGCUUCGCCAAAACUAUUUUUCACGUCCGAAGAGACAUUUGUUAUUAGCGGUAAAUUAGUGAUUGAAACCGUUAAUGAUUAUUGUUAAUAAUAUAUGUUUGCGGUAAUUAAUGUAUUUUAUUUUUCAGGCGACGAAGAAGUUUUGAGCUUGGAAUUGGUUCAAUUUUUGGCUUCCAGAGGGGCCCGUAAAUUCGUUUUAGCGUCCAAAAAUAAAUCGUUGUCCGGCUACAAGAGCUUGACGCUUAAACGUCUGAAAAACAAAAACGUCACCGUAUCCGAAUCUCUUUACGAUCCGUCGACCCCUAACGGUGCUGAAAAUCUAUUGAGAGAAGCAACGGUUCUCGGUUCAAUCAGUGGUAUUUAUCACAUAAGUGCCGUGAGUAUACCAUAUUUAAACUUCUAUACACACUAUUAUCUCGACGAAUAUUGACAAUGUUGCAAUAUUUUAAUACAAUAGGCCCCGGAAACUGAUCUAUUGCAAUCGUUGAGCGAAAACGAUUUUGCGUCGGCAGUAAACAAAGUGUCCGACGUAGUCGCCAAUUUGGACACAUUGAGCAGGAAACUGGUUCCUCAAUUAAAAUAUUUCGUAGUUCUCGCCCCAUCCGUGGCGUCUAGAGGCGCUAAAGCAAAAUCCAACUACGUGUUGGCUAACGCGGGCGUUUACAAAGUUGCCGAAGUCCGUAAAUUUUCGGGAUACCCAGCGGUAAGUGUACCAAAACUACAUUAAAAAAAAAAAAAAACGAAUAUAUUUCGCACAAUGGGUAAUCCACUGUAGUAGAUGAGAAUUUAGGAAGGCAGGAUAUAGAGGGAAACGAUUAAUCAUUGUUAACAAAAAAAUAUUCUGAGCAAAGUUCAAUUAUACAUGUUAUCACAGUACAACUCAUAAUGAGUCUCCUGUUUAAUUUUCAAGAAUUUUAUGUUUGGUCUAACAUUAUUAUCCCCGGAGUAACUAUCGAAUAAAAAUUACGUAAACAACUCGCAAAAUUAAAAUGUAAAUAGCUUAAACAUGGCUCAAAUGUUUUGAAAAUUUUACCUCAUCUAAAAAAUAAAAUCAUGAUUUUUCUGUCUAAAUUUCAAGUUUCUAUAAACAUUAUGAACUGAAUUAAAACAAAAUACAAAAAUAAUAAAAGCAUUUGUUUUCGUAAAUUUCUCCGUUUUUCCUACGUUUUUCUCAAAUUUUAUGAAGACUGCUCAGAAAAUUUAAAAAAAAAUUACUUCUCUAAAGUACCAUAUAGAUAAAAUUCCCGAUCAAUAAAAACUCUACAUUUGAUACAUCAGACCAAGAUUUCUGGUAGAACUUUUGUACAUGAUAUAAAAAAGUAUUAAACAUCAUUGUAAAACCAAUAUUUUAUUUUUUAUAUGUAUCUAAUCGCACUUCAAUUCGUUUAUCCUGCGCAGACCGUUGUUGAAUACGGUGCAAUCGAUGGAAUUUCAUCGUCGUUCAACAGUCCAAACUUCUCGGCCGCAUCGAUCGUUUCGGCUCUGAGUAUUCUGGACAACGUCACCAAGCCGACCAAUAAAUCAACAGUGGUCGCUUUAUCGAAGUUUAACGGUCCAAACAACGACGACACCGACGCUGCCGCUUCCGUACUAUUGAAAAUUGCCAACAUUUUCGGUAAUUAUAUCGGUUUAUCGUCUGUUGUUUGGGGAGGUUUUUCUGAGUGCGAGACUAACACUUAACUGUACUUCGAUUUCAGGCCACAAAGUCGUAUCUGCCAUCGACGAGACGUUUACUCUGUUGCAGCUCGGUCUGGACACGUUCCUCGGACCCCGCGUUCAAGAAACGAUUCAACAACAGACCGGCCAAUUGAUAAGUCUCGAGGAAUUGAGACAAAUUACAUUUUCGGACCUCCGCGCCAAGCUCAACACACUCCUCGCCUAAGACCGCGACGCGUUACUGUAGAUAAUAACUCGAACGCUAUAGUAUUUUAAUUUUGAUGAUUAUAAAAGUACCAAAUAAACGACGUAUAUAAAUAUAGAAAAAGAUAUAAUA